AUUUCGGCUCGAGCUUUGGGUCAUGGUGAGGAUUGGCUGCGUGUCCUUGCGCUGCAAGGAAUAAGCAGGCAAUGGCGGUGCUUGCCAUUGAAGGGCACAAGAAGCUUGAAGCUGCACAGCAGGAGCUUUAUGAUGCAUUCAGUGCCUGUUUUAAGACUGUUAACGGAAGAAGUGUGGACACAUGGCAGCCACAUGAGACAAUUAUGCUUUGCAAUGACACAACAUUCUUCGAUCUAGCAGAAGCGCUGCGAGCAGAGAUUGCGACACUGACUGGUGAGACCUUGACUCCCGUCACGGAUGUGGUCAGCAUUGCGGCUUUGGCCAAAGCCAGAGAAUUGCAUUUGGAGGGAGACUUGACGACCGAGAACUUGGCAGAGACAGUCUUCCGAACUCAACUUCUUGGAGAGCUUCUGGUGGAUUUGCAGGCCUGCCGGCUAAUGGCCAAGAAGUACUGCUGCACAGAUUUGCGCUUGGAACUCUCCGACAAGGCCACAAGCGAGGCAAAGGACUUGGUAGAAGAUAUUUCCAAAGCGUUUGGGAUCAUUGCAUAUGCAGCCAGGAGAGGAGGCAAAGGUGCCUACAAGGGCAAAAGUGCCGGGCAGCAGCAGCCAGUGGAUGAAAAGGUUCAGGCCUUGGAGGAGGUCGCAGCCAAAAUCGGAUGUGACACUUCCUGGUCGGCAAAGAGGUUUGAUCACCUCCUGUAUCCAUGCUGGAGCUUGUCCCCAGAACAGGAGAAGACGGUGUAUGAGAUCAUGGAGGUGUUCAACCAGGAGUAUUCCGUGAGGCGGAAGGUGCUAACUCGGCGGCUGGAUGUCACGAUCCAGGCCUUUUUGUGGUCACCCAAAGCCGACUCCUACAUGGAGCAAAUUUCUCAGGCUAUUGCAGCCGUCAUGGAUUGGCGAGAUCAUUUGAGUUUCGCUAGCAUAGGGAGCUGGCACAUGCUUGCCACUGAUGAAAAAACUGUCCAAGAACCUCCAAAGAUAUCGUCCAUCACCGCUCUGAAGUCUGUGGUGAAGACCAUCAUCAUCGGUGCAGUGCCUGAUCGAGGUGGUGUGCCUGAAGGCUAUACUGUGGAGGAUAUUGCCAAGGAUAUUGUAAAGGCAAACGUCGCUCUCACCAAGAAAGAUCAAGGAGGCGGUGGAAAAGGUGCAUCUGCGCAGACUGCUGCUGCCAUGUCCGCCAAGCGGUGGGUUGGUAAGGGGAUGGGUUCAGGCGAAUCAAGAGACAGUCCGCGAGGCGGUGGUGGUGGUGGAGGAGGCUACUAUGGCGGGAAAGGCGGCGAUGGUGGUGGGUACUAUGGCAAAGGAGGUGGGGGUGGAGGUGGCUACUACUCUCAAGGAGGUGGCAAGGGAGGCGGUGGAGGCUACUACUCACAGAAAGGAGGUGGCGGUGGUGGCGUUCACAGGGGGACGGAGGGGGUGGAGGCUACUACUCACAGGGUGGUGCGGGAGGAGGUGGCUUCUAUGCACAGGGUGGCGGCGGCGGUGGAGGAUACUAUGCGCAAGGUGGAGGAGGUGGUGGAGGGGGAGGAUACUAUGGUGGCAAAGGUGGCGGAGGAGGAGGUUUUGGUGGACGGCAGCAGGAUAGACCACCGACCUCAAAGGGAUGGACGAAAGGAGGAGGUGGUUGGUGAGUCAAAAGGACGAGGUAGAUCUGUUCAUCGCGGAAACGGUUCACUGUAUAUAGACAUUGCUAUUGCGGCGCAAGCGUCGUCAUUGGCAAAGACCUCAAGUUAAUCCCUCCCAGCCUCGUGCUGAGUUAAGAGCAAUGCUUCUUGCGUUGUGAAAGAGGG